CGGCAGCAUCCCUCCGACAGAGCCAUUGCUAUACUGCAAAUCGUUUCGCCCUCAAUUCCUACCAUGCUGGGCGGCGCUGGUAUAAGAAGCUCUGGUGCAGUUGCCGGCAUGGCCCGGCAACGGUUGACUGCGAUCCCACGCUUCACACGAUCGAUUUCCUCCUUCGGUUCGCGUGGCUCUAGGCUCCCCGUUCGAUAUGGAAGGGUAAGCCAAUCGUUUCCCGGAAACUCCUGGAGAGCAGCGUCUGCAAUGCCAGGGUUUGUGUCCGCUCGCUUCAAUUCAACCUCCUCAACCACGUCAACUGUUUCCACAACGGCCACUGGCGAGAAUGUGACCGAUGCAGUCUCCGAAGCGGCCACCUCUAGCCUGCCUGACUUCAACGCAGCGGACAUCGCAGUGAUUCCCGAGAAGAUAGGAUACCUCAAAGAAUUGGGACUAGACUACGGCUGGGGUCCGACAUCACUGAUAGAAUUCGUUAUGGAGCAUCUGCACGUCUAUACUGGGCUGCCUUGGUGGGCCAGUAUUAUCGCGACCGGAUUGCUUGUCCGUCUGGCUCUUCUGAAGCCUCUGUUUAUGGCUACAGAUACCUCGACCAAGAUGCGCAAUGUACAGCAUCUCACCAAGCCGCUUCGAGCAAAGAUGCAGGCGAACUUAAGGACAAACCAAUUCGAAGUCCAGAAGGCUCAGGCCGAAAUAAGCCAGAUCAACAAGGAGCGCGGUAUCGUUGUGUGGCAUACAAUCAUUCCAAUGAUUCAAGUCCCUCUGGGUUUUGGCUGCUACCGAUUGGUCGAGGGCAUGUCCCAUCUACCCGUUCCAGGACUUGCCGCUGAAUCCGUUGCAUGGUUGACCGAUCUCACUGUUGCCGAUCCGUUCUUUAUCCUCCCGCUCGCGUCAGCAGGUCUGCUGUAUCUGAAUUUGAGGAAAACAGCAGAAAUGAACAGUAGCGACAUGUUCAAUUCAUCCCUCGGAAAAACGUUGCGCGUUGCUCUCCCUACCAUUUCUUUGAUCUUCAUGAGCUUCUUCCCGGCCGCGCUUCAACUGUACUUUGCAACAACAGGCCUUUUUGCCUUGGGUCAAACACAUCUUCUUUCCUCCAAGCGCUUUAGGAUGUACAUGAAUAUUGAAAUCCCGGACCCUGUGGUGCCGGAUUCGGUAAACGAGACCAGCCAGAAAAUCCGCACAAUCCGGGAACAGAUUUUGGCUGAACAGGCGAAGCUCCUGGAAGCGCAAAAGAAAGAUACCAGUAUUAUUGAUCGUGCGGUCAAUUCCAUUAAGGAGACCGGCAAAAACAUCAAACAAGACACACAAGAGAAGAUCAGUGAGUUGACCGGUGCCACGACCAAAAAGGAUGAAAUACCUUCCAGACUCAGCAAGAAGGACCUUGACUUGGCACGCAAUUACGAGAACAGAAGAAGGCAGGAGGAGGAAUGGAAGAGGGAGGAGAGGAACCAUGCACGAAGAGAAGCAUAUCUGAAGGCUAGUGCUGCUCAGAAACAAAAGAUUGCUUGAGAGUGGGUGGAUGCUCAGCGAGCCAAGGAAUCCAAGCAGUGAGGAAUGAGAAUGCUAGGAUCUAAAGCUACAGAGCAUUUCAUGGUGGUUUUUCCCUUUCUCCCAUUUGUUUUUAUUUUGCCCCUCCUGUGCUGACCUACAUGUAAAAUAUACUGUACCAUUUUGCUUCGUUGCGGUUGUCCUUUGCCAUCUGUAUUUUGACUAAGGAAGGCGUUGAUUUCAAUUUGAUGAACGAAAGACAGGACAUAAAGACAAUUUCAACCCAUUCAGCUCCAUUUGAUCCUCAUACCACUGCGAAGUUCAGGCUUGAAACGUGUACAGUGCGGAAGCCAGUGGUUGUUCCUCGUCAAUGCACUCGAUUGAGACCGAGCUUCAGGCCUUGUAUACAGCACAGAACCUGUCGAACAACUAGAAAAAGAUAAAAGCAAAAGCAAAUGAAAAAAAAAAAGAACAUAACAAGCAAAUGAGUUUUCUGUCAAAGAUCAGCGUGACUUCUUUGAAAAGUGACUGUUCUUUCCAUCGGUGGAUAGAUAACCUGGAGAAUUCCAUACUUUCAACUUUCAAGGAGCAUUCGAGAACCAACUAUGCACAGCUUUCCUUUCCUCGAAAUAAACGACAGAGAAAUAGAACAUGUCGGUGAACAUAGCCACAAUCAGAAUUCCGGCUGUCA